AUGUCGCUUAGAAGCGCGAACGCGUGGGUCACCAAGGGCCGGGCGCGGGCCGUCGUGUGCGUGGUGUGGGCCGUGUCGGCUUGUGUGUCCUUCUUGCCCAUCUUCAACCACUGGUGGCGCGACGGGGCGGACGCGGAGGCGCGGCGCUGCUACGACAACCCGCGCUGCUGCGACUUCGUCACCAACCUGCCCUACGCGCUGCUGUGGUCCGGCGUCUCCUUCUACCUGCCGCUGGUGGUCAUGCUCUUCGUCUAUGCCCGCGUCUUCGCCGUGGCCAGCCGCCAGGUGCAGCUUAUUGCCCGCGACCAGGGCCGCUUCGAGCCGGGCCCUGGGCCGCGCCGGGCCUCACGCCUGCUGGCGGCCCGCGAGCACAAGGCGCUCAAGACGCUGGGCAUCAUCAUGGGCACCUUCACGCUGUGCUGGCUGCCGUUCUUCGUGGCCAACAUCUUGCGCGCUGCGUGCCGCCCGCUUGUGCCCGCCCAGGCCUUCAUCUUCCUCAACUGGCUGGGCUACCUCACCACCCGCCUCUGCCCCUGCCGUGGCCCCGCCUUCCGCCGUCCCUUCAAGCGCCUGCUGGCAUGCCCGCGCCGUUGCCCCCAUGUCACCCCCUCCCGGCCCAGCCUGCGCCUGCCCUGCACCCAGGGCCCAGGCCCCGAUGGGCAGGCGGGCGGCAGCAGCGCCAGCAGCAGCCGCUCCAACAGUGGCGCGGAUGGAGCAGGCCUGGCCUGCAGCAACGGGCACGGCAAUGGCUUGGCCCCACGACCGCUCACUGACGCAUUGCUGCAGGGCACCUGCACAACGCUCUGCCCGGCCCUGCAACAGUUUACCAGCAAAGAAGCCACAGAAGGUCCUGGAGCCUGACUACAAGGGAAGGAAAAAGAAGCGCCCCGAUUGCUUGGGAUUACACCAGAGCCCAAGAGGGCUGAGCCCAGGGGAUUUAGUCAUACUCUGACGUCUCUGGCAAUGGAGGUUUGGAUCCAGUUCUGGAUACAGCUCCAGAACUUCUCAUGAUGUGAAGCUGGACUUGGUAUCAGAGAGACCUCCCUCUCCAAGGCUGGGAGAUGAAUGCCAGUACUUCUCAGGAUACUGGUCCGAUCAAGAACUGACCAAAAUCAAUGUGAACAGCAUGCGUGCUCUCCAAAGAGCCUGCAAGGGAAGAAGGUCUGAAAGUGUCUCCUGUAUGGAUUGCAAGAGAAAUUACUACCUCAGAAGCGGGACAUCAGUAUGCAGCUGGAGCCUGAAUGUGGGGGCCAGAGGUUUCUGUUCUCUGGGAUGGAGUCUUAACCUCUGUGGCACUGUAAGCGCUGGGUUUGCAGGACAAGUUGAUUCUGUACACCUGCCCAAAGUGGCUGUAAAAUGCAACCAAAACCAACUGCAUGGGUGUAAAUGGUUACACAAAGUGCCAGGCAGGGCCCAGGCUGCUGAGCUACUAUUUCCAUAGCAUGCAUCUGCUGGCCUCAAAGCAUCAGGGUUUUACACAGAAUGUAAUAGGACUUGGGAGACUCUGGGAUUGUCCUGGGUGGUAAUGGUGAGGGGGAGUGCACUGAAUACAGCUGGACCUCUUGCUGGAGCCCAAGCUGAAGGGAUAAAAGGCCUCAGAUAAGCAAGGGACCUUUCUGUGAUCUUCACUUUAAUUUCAUUGCCUAAAUCACUGCCUGCGUCGGCAGCACAAAUAGCUGGCAUUGAGGAAUAUCCAUUCCACCUGAAAAAAAAGCCCAUUAUAAAAUGGCAACUGUGUCAUGUUCUGCACACUCGGGGCCGGAUUGUGCCAGGGGCUAAGCAUCUUGUACCAGAGGGCACCUGUUGCUGCUCUUUGCUUCUGAACUGAGGCAGGCAGAUGCUCCAAGCUAGGUUUCAAAGGGGUUUAGGUUCCUGGCAGGGUUUUCCAACCUGCUGAGGCACUACUGGAGAUGGGCAGCUUGGUGUUUUAGAAAAUCCCCCCCAAGCACCUGCCUGCAUCUCUGCACUCAACCACCUGUAAAAAAUAUGGCCCUAAGGAGCUGAUCUACAGAGGCUCUGAGCGCCUGCAACUCUGAGCCAGUUCAGUGGGAGCUGGUGCUGACUCUUCAGGUGGACCCGCAAAGGAUGGCUGCAGAUCUCUGUGACUCGAUAUCAUCCAUAUACCUCGCUGUGAAUACCUGCUGAAACCUCAGGCUGGACAGCUCCUUGGAGCUGCAGGCAGCUGAUGCUCAUGUGGCAUGUUCCUCCAGCCAUAUAAAGCUUGCAUCUCGAAGUGGGUGCCAGCUCUUAACUUAGAGCUCCUUGACACGGGAUGAGGGGUAGAAAUGAAAAUCCAGCCCUGGGAUGUUCGGCUGUACAAUAGCUCAGCAGCACGGAGCACUGUAAAUAGGCCACAUUGUGUACCAACAGGUGUUUGUAUUUAUGAGUGUGUGCAUAUGCCGAGCUUACUUGUGAUGACUUUCCCUGAGAUGUUUCUGGUUGUAAAUAUAUUGGAGACAUUGACUUUUUUUUGUGUGUGCGCCAGAAAUAAGCCUUCCAAAUGCCUGACUGUUGUAAGAAAAAAAAAAAAAUACAAACACCUUAAAGUAUGUAGUCAUGUCAUCUUUCAAACAGGGACAGCUAAGCGUGGUUCUUCCUGAAGCUUGCUCUGGAGCAGUCUCUGGGUCAGGAAUGAUGCAGCUUCUGUUGUUAGACUCCCCUGAAUUGACCGUAUUUCUGCCCCUUAAGGCAGCUUCCCUGAUAGUCAUCUUCUUCUUCCCAUCUGUUUAAUCACCUAUCAUUGCCCUGUGCUGUAAGUUCCACCUGUAGGGCCUUAAAAGGAUGAUAUUAGAAAAGGCACUUGAGCAUUGAACUUAUGGUGACUUUCAAAGGGGAUUGAGCACCCAACUCAUUUAUACUGUUUGCAGAUUACAGAAUCACAAGGUUGAAAAGG